UGUGUCCAAUUAUAUUUAUAAUUGCGCUGAAAAUUAAUUGGUGUUUAUAGAUAGCAUGUAAAGAUAUAUUAAUUAUAAGGCCAUCAAAAUAUCUAGUGAAAUGUAUAAAUGAAAUAGUAAAUUCGUAUGAAAUAUAUCGAUGUAUCCAUUUGAUAAUUAGGCUAUUAUUCUUGGCACAUCGUAAAGUUUGACCUUGAUAUACUCGACUUGGAGUUGAGUGACCCCGAGCAAAAGUGGUAAAGAAGCACAACGACAACGGCGGCGACGAGGAGUGGCCAAGAAGAAGAAGAGCAAAUUGGUGCUCCUGGUAGCAGGAACCCAUGAGUAGGAUGGAGGAUUCAAAUCGAGGCGCACGUACGCGCGGUUCUGCAACGACCUCGUCCGAUUGGUCAUCGUCUGAUACCCACUCGGCCUCACGGGGCCCAGUUACCCCCGCCACUGCCGCUACAGCGGGCCCGUCAGCUAGAGUGGGGGCACAAGGCCCAGUGCGUCGACAGACAUCUCACGAUGCUCCCAAUUCAUCACAGGCCCCACCCGAAACGACGAAAGAACUCCACUUCAAGAUAAUGCUAUUGGGUGAUAGCGGUGUGGGUAAAACAUGCCUACUAACACAAUUUCGAGAUGGUCGUUUUCUAUCUGGGAAUCACAUUAGUACCGUUGGAAUUGAUUUCAGGAACAAAGUGGUUAACGUGGACGAUACGAGAAUUAAACUACAGAUAUGGGAUACCGCAGGACAGGAGAGAUUUCGAAGCGUGACCCACGCUUAUUAUCGAGAUGCUCAUGCAUUGCUUUUGCUCUAUGACGUGACGAACAAGACUAGCUUUGAUAACAUCAGGGCCUGGCUCGGCGAGAUCCGGGAGUACGCACAGAAUGACGUAGUUAUAAUGCUUCUCGGUAAUAAGUCAGAUUGCGGUAAUGAACGUGUAAUAAAGGUAGAAGAUGGUAAGCGUCUAGCGGAUGAGUAUCAAGUUCCAUUCAUGGAAACUUCUGCCAAGACUGGCCUCAAUGUCGAGUUAGCCUUUCUUGCGAUUGCUAAACAAUUGAAAGCACAUAAAAGUGGCAAUCCAGAUGAUACUAAAUUCAAUGUACAUGAUUACGUAAGACAGGAAUCACAACAAAAAAGAAGUAAUUGCUUCAGUUCAAAUUGCCAGACGACCUGAAUUAUCGUUACUCUAUAUAUACAUAUAUAUACAAUUGUAUAACGACUGGUUUUUAUUUGCAAAAUAAUAGUAGCGCUUAUAAACAGCGAUCUUUUUUCUUUCAUAUGUCAAAAAUAGCCACGUAUAUAUUAUAUGUAUAUGUAUAAAUAUAUAUAAUAGUAAAAAGAGGGAUCACGUAUAUAUAUAUAUUAUAAUUGAUUGGCUUGUAACGACAGUAAUAGUUCAAUUAUAAUUAUAAAUAAAAUAUAAAAUAUAUCAGAAAUUAAAUUUAAAAGGUGCAGGAUGCCUACAUGUAUAUUCAACAUAUAAUUUAAAUUAUAUAAAACGAAAUCUAGGACAGGUUCUUGGAUUUAGUAAUACAUGAUAUAAAUUUAUAAAAAUAUAUAACACAUAUAUUUAGUUGUCGGCAUUGAAGAACAUACUGAGAGGAAAUAACUCAUGAGCGAUUUUUAUUUUCAAAGAAUUGAAAUUAUAAAAAAUCUUAUUUUUUUUUCAUGCAUUGAAAUAAUAAACAAGAGAUAUAUGUAGACGAUUUGCGUCAAUGUUAUUCUCAUUAGCUUUAAACGAGUGCACAAUUUGUCACAGCCAUGAGAUAUAUAUCAGAAUAAUAAUAAUAAUUAUAGAUAAAGUAAUAAUGUAGCGUACAAAAGAUAUGAGCACAUAUAUGAAUAUACAUACAAAUUAUAUUGUUAUUAUUAAUAUGUAUUUAAAAAAUUUACAUUUUAUUACUGAUGUUAUUCACUAUUUUGUUAAAUUUAUUUACUUAAAGAUGUAAUUAGUAAAUAAUUUUAAUUAAUUAAUAAUUACAAUUUUACAGACUUAUUAUUUACGUACACAGAAAAAAAAGUUUCUUGAGUCAAGAAAAUAUUUUGGAAAAUCAAGAUUUUCUUGAGCCAAGAGAAUUUGUCUUGGUUAAAAAAAAUUCGUCUAGAUCGGAGAAAAUUUCUACUUUAUCUGAAAAAAUUUAGGUUCCCAAAAAAAUUUUCUUGAAUCAAGAAUAUUUACCUUCAGUCGAGAAUUUUUUUUUUCUGUGUAGGGGAGGGUGGGAAAAAUGGCCUCCCUAAGCCGGUUAUUAAUUUUUGUACACAGAAAAAAAGAAUUUCUUGGCGCAAGAAAUAUUUUGUAUUAUGAAUUGAAGACAAAAAUUUUUCUUGGCUCAAGUAUUUUUUUCUCGCCUAAAAAAUUUUUUUCUUGUUCCGACAAAAUUUUUUCUUACCCCAAGAAAAGUUUCUUUUUCACUUUAUAAUACAAAAAAUUUCUUGGGUCGAGUAAAAAUUUUCUUAGAACAAGAAAAAAUUUUUUGCGCCAAGAAAUCCUUUUUUUCUGUGUAGACAUUUUGCUGAAACUUUAAAAAAAAAAAUUUUCUGAGGCAUAACGGCCCUCUUCUAAAAAAAGAGAAAAAAAAAUUUUUUUUUGGUUUUUUAAAAUUGUUUUUGUGACAGACACUUGAAAUGUACGACAUUUAGCGCCUAUAGCCGGCAGCUAAAAAUAUUAGAUAAGAUACAGCUGGUAAAAAAGAUACCUAAUCGUUCUAAUAGUGACGUCAUCAACGGAUCAAAAAAUAUUUUUUGGUUACAUGUGCGAUAGCAAACGACCAAAAAAUAUCGAAGUAACUCAACGAGACAUCUUGUGACAAAAUUUAUCAUCAUUUUAAUUCGUGAACUUACCGACUUCUCUCUAAUUUUCAACAAAUACUCAAAACAAUCUUACCAAAUAAAUAAAUGCGGAUUAUAACCUGCUAAUUAUAGGCACUAAAUGUAGUACAUUUCAAAUAUCUGUCACAAAAACUAAUGUAUUUAUCUAGUACAAUCGAGUCUAAGACGCGCGUGUGUUGGUACCCUCGCUUUCGGCUCAAGCACCAAUCUUCACACUCGCGUCUUAAACACGAUCGCACUCGAUAGAUAAGCUACUAUUAUGUUACUCAAAAAAAUUUUUUUAAGGUGUAAUGAAACGUUCCCCCACUCUUGCAAAAAAAUGUAAUUAAUUGUAAUGAUUUUUUUACAACUAUUGCAAUACAAUUGAAUUUGAAUUUAAAAUUGCCGCCAAAAUAAAGUAGAAAACACCUGGAUUUAGCAAAAAUAAAAUAAAAUUUAAAAUACACGGUAAGAUUGGAACUUGACUGAGUCGUGUGCGCAUAUCACUUAUUCAGGUUCCGUACAGUAAUUAGUGUGGUACUGCACCACAACCGAGCAUUUUUUUCCAGCACCGUUCUGUCGGGUGCAGAAUAGUUACCAGCCGGGUUCUAAUCUUUCCGUGCACAGAAAAAAUUGAAGAAAAAAAAUUGUUCAAAGUUAAAACUGAUGAUUGCUCUUUAUAUUGCAGUGGACUUUAUUCGUAACCGAAUUUUACAGUAAAAAUUGUAAGAAAUGUGAAUACUGUAAAAAUUUUCAAAUAUUUUUAGUGGGCAAAUUUGCCCCAGGCACAAAGAAUCAGCAGAAAAAUGAAUAAGUUUUUUUAUAAUUUAACGAUAAAAAUAUGAAAAAAUCUUUUUUUCUGAAUUUUCGGCUGGUCCAUUUUGCCCCAGGUAUCAUGCGUACACAGAAAAAAAGGAUUUCUUGGCGCAAAAAAUUUUUUCUUGUUCUAAGAAAAUUUUUACUUGACCCAAAAAAUUUUUUGUAUUAUAAAGUGAAAACAAAACUUUUCUUGGGGUAAAAUAAAAUUAUCUUGGAACAAGAAAAAAAUUUUUUAGACGAAAAAAAAAUUCUUGAGCCAAGAAAAAUUUUUGUCUUCAAUUCAUAAUACAAAAUAUUUCUUGCGUCAAGAAAUUCUUUUUUUCUGUGUAGGGCUAAAAAUGCGCAAAUGUAUCGAAUUUAUGGUAAUUAGAAGAAAAACAAAAAAAAAAAAUUCUUCGUCAAUUUUUUUAGGGCCUUAUUGCCCCACCCUCCCCUAAAUACUAUUUAAGUUAUGAUUGUUAAUUAUUAAUUAUAAAUAUAUAUUUAAAGUAAAUACAAAAUAUUUUUACGUAAAAAAAAAACUGAAAAUUAUAAAAAAAAAAUUAUGAUUUAUAACUUAAUUUUUUAUCAAAUAAACAAGCUCAUAAUUUUGUGAUUUACUUAAAU